GAACAAUUGGAACAUUUUAAUUGAAAAAUGAUUGUAUAAAAUGUUAUAUUAUUUUAUAUAUUUGAUAAUAAGGUUUGACCAUUUUUCUAUUGAAAGAAAAUGUAUUUUUUAUUUCUUCUCAUAUUUGCUGAUGUUGCAACUAGUAACAUAAUAAGUAACGAUGCAUUGCAUUUCCUAGUAACAAAUUUCAGAACCAUGAGCAAUCAAUGCGUCGAAGAAAUCGAUUUAAAUUUUAGGGCGUUACAAAUGUUUCUUAGGGUUGGCGACACCAGCGACCCAGAAUUGAAGAAAUACCUAUUUUGUAUGGGACAAACGUUGGGAAUUCAAAAUGCUGUAGGCGAAAUGAGAAUACAACCAUUAGAGGAAUUUAUAGAAUAUAUAUUGAAAAACAAAUACAGAGCCCUAGUUUUGGCCGCUUCGUGUAUUACGAAUGAGUUUGAUGGACCAGAAAAUAUUUUUGAAACUAUGGAGUGUCUAUUAAGUGAACAGGAAUUCUAGCGAUUUAAUUUAUUUAACCCAAAAUAAACAAUCGCAAUAUACCUUAAUAGUGGAGCUGUUUUCUUACGUAGAGGCAGCGUCAAUGAUUUUUUAAAAUAACUUUGUUUUUAGCUUGUACCAGCUUAAAGUAUAAGGUUUAAAGAAUGGAAUCAUCUAGUUUAUAUUAAUUUGUCCUGUUUCGUUAUUAGGUAUAUUAAAAAAUCAUAAAAAAUUAUUUUAAAAACCGUAGUUAUAAAGUAGCAGAUUUCAUUACAUAUAUUUUUUUUUUUCAGUAUAUCUCUGAAUAUAUUUUUUUUCUUUACUGGGUAUUUUUCAAAUAUAAGACACGUUACACUUAAGAAAUAUAUGAGAAAGUAAUUUGUUAGAGUAGAAAUUUUCUAUCAAUUCCUUUACUUUCUUAAUACAUCAAUUUUUAACAGAUGUCUUAAGGAUACUAUCAUAGAAAUAACAUUGCCACUUUUUUGAGAUAUUUAAAUUUGUCUCGCAUCGUUCCAGUCGCCUAAGCAAUUUGUGAAGUGAUCCACAAAAAAUGUAUUUCAUAAAAAAAAUACGUAUGUUAGAGCGCAGAUAUUAAUUUUAUCCAUAAAAAUUUAAAACAUAUAAAUAUACCAUCUCGCAAAUACAAGCAUGAGGCGAAUGUAGUGUUGGCACAUCGUCGACUUACUAUCAAAAUUUUCAGAGUCUAGUGAUUUUACAAGAGACACAAAAUAGUAUAUUACAUUACGAGUGUAUAAAAUCACUUUUCACACAAGUGAUGCACAAUAUUUUUCCUACGACCACAAAAUAAUUUCCUGAAAAAAUGUAAAACCAGAUUAUUAUUAUAAUAAUUAAAAUGUAUUUAAAAAAAUAAUCAACAAUAAUCGUAUUUAUUCAAUUUUCAUAUUUCCUAAACAAAAAAAAACUAAAAAAAACUAAAAAAAAAACAAAAAAAAAAAUAAAAAAAAAAUAAAAAAAAUACUGCCCCUGCAAGGAUUUGAACCCGGUCACUCGCCAGGUCUCAAAUAGCAAAGUUGAUAAAGUUUGUUACUCUAACCAUCUGAGCUAAUAGACCUUGUGUCAAUUGAAGGAUCUAAUCGGUUGUGUUUAAGCAGAAUAAAAAGCAAACAUAACUUAGUUAUUUUAAAAUUAUUUUAAUAAUAACUGUUAAAGAUAAAUAUCUAGGAUUUAAUUUACAACAGUUUCAAUAAUUUAACAAUCAUAUCGAUAUUAGUAUUAAUAUGGACAUUAUAUAGAUCAAAAUAGAAAUGACGCGUUUGACAUUUUGUGACAGAUGAUGUGGAAAGUAGCAUAUUCGUACACGGGUGAAAAGAAAAUUCUUAUUCAUACGCGUGUGAUAUAGGGCACUUUCCAUAGGACUAUAUAGUGUGAUAUGUGUCACUUUCCUAAGUGGUCGUAGGAAAAAUAUUUAAUUUUGUUUUAGUACAAGAUAGGCAUUUGAAAUACCGACAAUGCUCUAGAUCAGGCCUGCACAACAUACAUGCGGGCAGCCAUUGUCGCAUUCUUGGCCGUUUGUCCGUUGACCAGUUAGGCCCAUCUACGUUAAACUAUACAUUUUUCAGUAACAAAAUUGCAUUUAUGUAUUAAUUGCCUUUCUUAGGAGCUCAAGGACGUGGUUCGUUAUAACCUAACAGUCUUUUAUUUUUAUUUUUUUUUUGUUAGAAGCUCGACAGAAGGACUUGAUGUAUAAAAUCAUAAAAUAAGGACUUUUUUAGGAUCUGAACAGACCACCUCGACCAGUUUUAUAAAUGUAUAAGCUCAGGACUCUCUUGGCCCUUUAAAACUUUCAGUUGUGCAGGCCUGAUCUAGAUGAAGAUUAGAAUCGAACUAGACUUGUGAGGUUUUGCAGGACAAAGGAUAUGCUUAUUCUUGCUAAAUAUGAAGAACAUUCUUCUGCAUUUAUUGGUUAUAAUUUGAAGCAGAAGCUUGUACUUGUAAAGUAAAAGCAUAUCCUUCAGAAAAACAGGUUAAUCAAUAGCAGACUCAGCGCUGCAGUAAAAGGUGUUUUAUCCGAGUUUUAGCGCGAUGGCGAAUAUUAUUGUGGAUGUAAGAUUAUAGGCCCGCUUAUGUACACUUGUUCGUGAUUUUUACUCGGGAAGGUGAUCCUGGCUAUCAACAGGGUAUAGGUCAAGAAUAUUGGUGUAAGUUAAGCUACCGUAUUUUAAGCUGUGAAUGCAUUAGUUGAUAGUGUAAUUGCACAUUCAAAUGAAUGGAUACAGUUUCCAACUACUAACAAAGAAAUAACAGAAGCAAAAGUGUUCUGGCAAACGAAGUAUAAGUUUCUGACAGCAAUUGGUGUAGUCAAUUGUACCCACAAUGGGAUACUAAAACUAACACUACAUCUAGAUGACAACAUUAAUCGAGAAGGUCAGCCUACUCUGAAUGCGCAGGUCUCUUGUGAUACCUAAGAAAUGAUUAUUAGUGUUGACGCAAGUUGGCCCAGAUCCGUGCAUGACUCUAGGAUGUUUACAUUUACGAAGUAAAGGCAAUGCUGUGCUACUUAAUAUGGAAUAAAUCCAUGCCUCAUGACUCAUUCCAUUUCGAAAUCCUACGCCUGGUGCUAAGUUAAAAUAUAACAAAAUUUUGAAAAAUUGAACGAUGUUUUAGCAGUCUUCAUAGUUUUAGCAAACUGAAAUGUUUUCAUUGUUAAGGCAGGUACAGAUCUGAGCACGUACGCGUAUGAGGCACACCGAGGACGCAUGAGCAUGCAGAUGUGUAAAUGCGGCAAAUCGCCCCGAUCCGUUUGUUGAAGGUACGUCAAAGGGAGGCAAUCCGCAGUACGUGCUCAGUCUGGACAGGGAAUUUGUAACAUACAGCAUCGUACAGAUUAUAGCGAGCUUUUAGGAUUUAUUUUGGAGUGGAACCAAGAAAACGUUUUGCUUCUCCUGGAUUUAAAUCAGCGUGAUAUCUUAAGAAAGCAAAACCAUAAAAACACCAUAAAAAAGAAUAUCCUUGGUAGGAAAUCCGACAUCCAUUCCUUUCUCUCCUUUUUUCUUUAAAUUAAUAAAACUUGAAUCCAACUCCUCGACGUCAUUCUCAUCCUUCAUUUUUGUUACCAGAAACAAUAUAUACAAAGUUUGGAACGGUUACAUCAAAUGUGUUUUUUUUUUUUUU